AUGAAUUUUAAUUUUGGAUAUAUUAUAUUUAUUUUAUUCCUAAUUAUACCUACUGAAUCUUUCUUUUUUGGUGGUGGUGGUGGUGGUGGAGGAUGCUGCUGUCAACAACAAUCCUGUGGAUGUUGUCAACCAGUUCAAAGCUGUUGUUGCCAAGCAUCACAACCACCUCCUCCACCUCCUGUUGCAAGUUGUGGAUCAAGUUGUGGAUGUUAG